AUGUCCGACAAUCAAGAGAAGGGUAUCAUUGGGCGGGCACGAGGAGUGUCAUUAUCGCUACUCAAUGCGACGCCCCAGCUUGGCAUGUGGCAGGCCACUGGAACUGCUAUAGCUCAAGCGCCCAACUUAACAGAGUUGCGAGAGCCGGAAUCUGGCGGAGCUAACAUCACAUUCAAUGCGCAUGGUCAUUCUAACCGCGUCGCCAAACCAGAUGACGAUGGCGAGCUUACCCUGCUCACAACACCAACGAAGACGCUCAGCAGCCCCUUGAAAGAAACCGUUGUAUCGGAACAGACAGACGCUGAACCGGGGAGACAGUCGCACGAGCACCAUGGCUUCCACCGCCGCCAAACUCUUCAAGAGAAGCACGCGUCCUCCCACAAAGAAUCCUGGGGCCCCACGAUCAAGAACGGCUUGAAAGCGUUCUGGGUUUUCUUCCUCACACCCUCAGGCUUCCUCAUCACCAUCUAUGGUCUCAACAUCGUUGCCUGGGGUGCGAUGCUCUUCUUUCUCCUCCUGAAAGCCGCACCCGCCAUGUGCCACCCAAGCUGCGACGACGACUACUCGUCGCGCAAAAUCUGGCUGGAGAUUGACUCACAAAUCCUCAACGCGCUCUUCUGCGUCACCGGCUUCGGCCUCGCGCCCUGGCGCUUCAGGGACUUCUACUGGAUGAUUCGCUCCGUGCAUUUCCAUGACCAGAACGCCAUGCGCAGGCUGUAUAACCAGAACAAGGCGUGGUUCCGUCCGCCGGCCUGGUUCACGGAGAACGAGGGCUGGAGAGGUGGGGAUCUGGAGAAGACGACAUUUACGGGGGAGCGCGCGCCACCGACUGCUAUGUGGAAGCUGGCAUUUACUGUAGAUAUGAUGGUGCUUAAUACGUUGUUGCAGGCCGUCUUGUCUUUCUUCAUGUGGCACUACAACAGACUCGACAGGCCCACCUGGGCGACGGGAACGUUCAUCGCACUCGGCUGCGGUGUGUCCAUGCUUGCAGGCAUCAUGAGUUGGUGGGAGGGCAGGAAAGUCAAGAAGAUCGAAGGACCGGAAAUCCAUGUCGAGCCUGUAGCAUAG